AUGGUUGGUGUUCCACGCAGCAAAGGCUGCUUGGCAUGUCUCCAGCGGCGGGUUAAAUGCGAUGAAACCCAGCCACGAUGUCAAUCCUGCGAGAGAAGAGGGAACCCAUGUCCUGGCUACACAAGGACCCGGAAGUUCUGCCAUUUCUCCGCGAACAGUCCACACGAGCGCACGAGAUCUACAUCCCCGGCGACACAAUCUUCAAGUAUGGCACUGGUCACUACCAAGGAAGCCCGGCAAUACCCCACGAUUCCCCGUACGUCUAUGGAUGAGGCUCUAAUGCCAGGAUUGGUUUCCAAGGCACUCGACCGACAAUGCAGGAAGGGCUUUUGUGAUUUCGUGGAUGCGGUAUUUCCGACCAUUUAUUACAGUUACAGCACUCGUGUGGAACUUCCUUGGUUCGAGAUCGCUCAGUACGACCGAGGCGCAGGAAUCGCAAUGGAAUGGGCAUUUCGCAGCCUUGGGACCCUGCAGAUAGGCAGAGUAAGUGGCAAUCAACGACAGAUUCUUACCAGUCAGGAAAUGUACGGCCGUGGACUACGUUAUCUUGUUCAGGCUAUCAAGAACCCUGCUACAGUUGGCACCGAUGACACCCUUGGAGCUGCCAUCCUGCUAGGAAUCUAUGAGUUGAUGAAUGAAACAGGGGAGAACUCAUGGCUGCUGCAUUCACGUGGAAUCUCUCAUCUAUUGCGUCUAAGGGGGGCGAGGAGUCAUACGAGCGGGUAUGGCCGUACUCUGCUGUUAUCCUUUCGAGGACUCCUAGUUUACGAGGCCUUCACUCGGGGGGAAGCAUGUUUCCUAGAAAGCGAGGAGUGGAGAUCAACUCUCCCAGAGACCCUAGAAGACGAGGAACGGCGUGGAAAAAGCUGUCGCUUUGGCCAGCUCAUGGACUAUGCAUUCAACGAGAUAGCUCAAUGCCCUGGGUUUCUUGCCAAGACCAAAGCCCUAGUCGCCUCCUCGCGAACAACCAAUGCGGAGAGAGACGAUUUAAUGGGUGUAAUCAACAGCAGCCUAGAGGUCCUGAGUGAUGUGGAAAUCCAAAUAAUGGCUGGUGUUAAGGCUGAUCACGAAGGGGAUAAGAAAGAGUCUGAGUCUUUCUUUGGAUUGAUCCCCCAUUCCAUCAAGAAUGCAUCGGUGAAAUUCACACUUGAGGGUGUUCAUUCAGGGAUCGCACUUCUCCGACAGUUGUCAGUUGUGCUAGUCUCCGAUCGGAGUCGACAAAAAGCAGUAACACCGUGGUUAAAACUCGGUCCGUGUAAGAAUGAGUGGAAGCUCAUUAAGAACGCUGGCGAAAUUGCCCAGGCCCAAAAGAAUACUCGACCGCACCCAACAGGUCCACAGCAACAGGGCAGUCCGAAAAUCUGGCAUGACCGGAUCGCACUAGCUAUGGGGAUGCCAGAGACAGUUUGA